AUGGAAAAUUUAUUUGAAGACCCCGACCAGCUACAACCGCUUCCGGAUUAUUAUGUCAACCCUUGGGGAUACCUUCGCCGAUACUUUGAGAACAUGCCUGGGCCAGGGUGGGAAGUUGCGUGGAGAUGGAUUCUCUACCAAAGACACCCUGUUGCCUUCGUUCUGAGGAAUCUUUCGGCGGCUCAGGUCAAUCUCAAUGGUGGAAGGGCGCCCUUCCCGUUCAACUUGAGCUUAACCUGGUAUUGUGGAGCGGUACUCGCAAUUAUACUUUUUGGGACCUUUGAAAUAGACACCCAGUGGCUACGUGAAAGUGGCUUUCCGAUUUGGCUCCAGACGAUAUUAAGCGCGGUUCUGGCCGCAGUGAUAGAGUCUUUCGCCAACACGUUUGUACUCGAGGUUGUUUUCAACGUUCUAAAUCUGAUCAGGGAGGACGCGGUACGGAAUGUAGGAGAAUUCAUACAAGGCCAGCUUGCUACACGUUUAGGUUGGGGACGAUUCCAUCAGCCCGAAGAUGCGCAUGGAGAUAUACCUCCUCCAGUUGAAGUUCGCCUGGACAUUGUGGAGGGGAUUGAUGCCACCGCAGCUGUAGCCUUCAACUUCUGGACGUUCACGAUGACAUACCCAGUCAUAUUUGAAGCUAUACAGUAUUUGACUGGGUCUUCGUUAACCCAGCUAGCCAGUCCACUAAUCACGAGAACUGAGUUACCAGGCCCGAACGAUUGGAUUCCCAAUUUCUAUAGGGACCGAACAAUUAUUUUAAUACUUCAGAUAUUCAUUGCCGCGUUCAUCCACUUGAACGUUUAUCUGUUGAUGUCGAGAGCGGAGAACCCAACAAUCCAACGACGAGAAACAAAAGACAAAUUUCUCACGCUCUCUGCUCACCUCCUUCGCGCGGUUGCUUCUCACCUCCUAGCGAAUACAGCCCACCAAAUAACCUAUAUGACAGUGCAUGAAGUCACUUGCGCUUUGCGGGAAUACGACAGGCGACCUAUCGAUACAUUCAACCUUUUCGUCAAUCAUCCCUACAUGAAAGCGUUUAUCCCGAACUUUUCCCCCUUUUCUGCUUGGAUGCUGAUAGGGUUCCAUCUCCUUGUAAAGUCGUCGUGCAAAUGGAUCGUGCAAACCGCAUGGCCUUUCUGGGCCCCCUACAUCGAGUGGUUCUCGCUCAAGAAGUUGACUGUCAUCAACUACGACUGGCAGCGCACUUAUUCCGUACUACUGAACCGUGAUAUGCUUAUAGAUCUGCCGGGUAAUAGAGUAUGGGCUAGAAUACUAACGACCGCGAUGCUUGGAUUAGAAAGUUCAUGGCCAGUUAGGAUGAGGUUAUCUACACUUAACCGCGUUGAUGAAUAAGUGUCAAAAUGGGGUUAAGGCAGUAUAUUGAGUAGCUAUAAUCUUUUUACGAUCUGCUUGCCGUAUCCUC